GUCGAUCUUGCAUACUAACGUCCGCGAUGGCAGGGAACUUUUUCCAACUGCAUAAUCCCUCUCUCUCUCUCUCGCGUUCUCUCUCUCUCUCUCUCGCUCUCGUCCGUAGCCCGAUUCAGUGACUGCAUCGAGGUUCCUCUGCAACAUCUUCCCAUGACAAAACGCUUUGGUUCCUGCAUCAGUUAGAGAGAAGAAGAGGAGAAUCCAGAGAGAUCGAGAUAAAGCCCUGAACUUGCAAAUCGUUUGUUUGGAAUCAAAUGGCAGCUCUGCAGAAAGUUCGCACAGCAUCGAAGGCCAUCGUUAGCUAUGUCAUUUGCCCCUCUGGUUUGACCGCCGGCCGUAUUAUCACUCCUGAUGUGGCUGAAAAAGGCGCUAGUUCAUCGCGCAGCAGUAUGAUGAACCAGUUGCUUCACAUGGAUAUAAAUUCCAUGAUUGGGAGUUGCAUGCCUCUUUCUUCAAUGCGCAUCGGAACAAUUGUCCACAACAUCGAGGUGAACCCGGGUCAAGGUGGCAAGCUUGUUCGAGCAGCGGGAACCGGAGCGAAGAUCCUAAAGGAACCCUCGGCAACCAAAUGUCUAGUGAGACUGCCUUCGGGUGCCGAAAAGUGGAUUGAUUCCAGCUGCAGGGCCACAAUCGGAGUGGUGUCUAAUCCUAAACACGGGGCUAAGAAGCUCAGGAAGGCGGGGCAAAGCCGGUGGUUGGGAAUAAGGCCAACUGUUCGAGGAGUGGCAAUGAAUCCGGUUGACCAUCCUCAUGGUGGAGGUGAGGGUCGGAGCAAGAGUGGUGGGAAUUUGGGAAGGACUUCUCAAACACCUUGGGGCAAGCCAUGCAAGUCGGGAUACAAAACUGGACCUCUCAAGCGCAGAAAGUAGAGUUUGGUCGCGGUCUUUGUUUUUUGCCUCCACUAUGGAGUUUAACUUCUUGAGAAUUAGCAGCAUUAAUAAUUUCUACUUGAAUCUUUGCCUCAGCUUUUUUGUCGCAAGAAACUCUUUUCUUGAUUCGGUUGUGUUGUUUUUUCAUUUUUGAUUCCUAGUUGUACGAACUUUUGGGAAGACAUGUUGUCGAGCUUCUAGGUGGAUCAAUUUCAUGGCUUGCAUUCAUUUCAACCGGGUAA